AGUGCGUUAUUUAUUUAUUUUUACCAACAACCUCAAUCUACAGCAUCUCACCUUAGUACCGAUAUAGACAUCGAGAAGACACCACUUUAAUGUUGAUUGACAUUAAAUCAACGUAUUAUACAUUCAGAGGGUUAACACCCAUGGAUUUCGGUUGCUAUGACAAGGAUUCAGGCGAAGUGGAGUGCUACAUAGAAAUACCAAAUCCAGAGGCUGUGGGGUGUGUAGAGCGAUUUGCUACUUUCUUAUCAUUUCUACUGGUUAUCAUCACAUUCCCGUUCUCCCUCUUCGAAUGUUUCAAGGUAGUUCAAGAAUUCGAACGUGCUGUGAUAUUUCGACUUGGAAGAGUAAGAAAAGGCGGCGCAAGAGGGCCCGGUUUAUUUUUUGUACUACCCUGCAUCGACACUUACAGAAAAGUCGAUCUUAGAACAGUGUCAUUCGAUGUCCCUCCACAAGAGGUAUUAACAAGAGACUCGGUGACGGUAGCAGUAGAUGCAGUAGUCUACUAUCGCAUCAAAGAACCAUUGAAUGCAGUUGUUAGGGUUGCCGACUACAGUGCAUCUACUCGUUUACUGGCCGCAACUACUCUUCGAAAUGUAUUGGGCAUGCGAGACCUCGCCCAGCUUCUGUCAGAUCGCGAGGCUAUUAGUCACAUGAUGCAGGCCAACUUGGACGAAGCCACUGAUCCAUGGGGCGUAGAGGUAGAAAGAGUAGAAAUUAAAGAUGUUCGUUUGCCUGUACAAUUACAACGAGCUAUGGCUGCCGAAGCCGAGGCUGACCGAGAGGCACGCGCUAAAGUCAUUGCUGCUGAAGGAGAAAUUAAGGCUUCCAAGGCUUUGAAAGAAGCCUCUCUUGUUAUGAUUGACAAUCCUAUGGCACUACAAUUACGGUACCUACAAUCCCUCAAUACUAUAUCAGCUGAGAAGAACUCUACAAUAAUAUUUCCGUUUCCUAUGGAUUUUCUGAAGACUUUCCUACCGGGACCAAGUGUAUCACGGUUACCAAUAUAAAAAAAACUGCUUUUCUUCUUAGGGUAUAGAUUUUGUUAUUAUAAUUAAAUACUAAGAAUUUAUUUAUACUGAAAUACAUUCUGAAUUACAUAAGUAUAAAUUUUAAGUAGCUAGUCGUAAUAUUAUAUAAAAAAUCGAUUGUGUUUCUGAUUGUUAAUCUAUAAAUUACUUUUUCUACACAUUUAAUGUAAUAUUAAAAAUGCUGUCAAAAAGAAAAAUAUGUGUCAAUGGAGAUAAAAAUAUUAUGUUGUACCAAAUCAAUUAUUAAUAUCAGGACAAUAAUUGUAUUAUUUAGAGAGUAUUCUAGUCCAAUGUAAAUCAAUAUGAACUAUACCAUUUUUUUUAAUGUGAAAAUGUUUCUGACUGUAUAUAUUUAUGUGAUCUUGAAUGAUUGUACCCUUUAUGUCAAAAAAAUAUGACGAAAAUCUGGGUAGCUAGUACUUUAUAUUCAUAGAAAAAAACUAAACGAAUUAGAUUGCCAACCAUUCCAGGACCCGUAAGGUUGUCUGAUCUGUAGUCGAUAAUUAACUUGUCAACAAUA